AGAUGAGACAGGACAAAGAACUGAACAGAACAGGUAGUGCUUAAACCAGAACUAAAUGAGGGAACUGAGAUAAUAAUGAACACUAUAGGUGAACAAAAUGGCUAAUGAAUACACAGAGGAAAAAUAUAGGUCAUAGGGAAACAUAAUGAAACGGAACAUAACUCUAACAAUAGGGCUAGUGAAGCUAUAGACAUUUUAUGAUGUUUUAAGACUGUACAGUAUAUCUCGAUUGCCACCAUCCUCAUUCUUCUCUCUUGGAGAACUCAAAUAUAUAGCCCCAAUUAUACCUUAUUUCAGAGACUAUGUCUCAUUAUAUUCAAAAAUGAAAUAUUAGUAGCUAGAUCUCUUAUUGAGACUUAUGACUUAAUUAUUUCCUGUCUGUAUUAAUGUGAAUGACAUUUUAUGUGACUUCCUUAUUCUGAACAAAACGCAGCUGUGGACACAUCUUCUGUCAGGCUCAUGAGAUGGAUUUAAUGUAUGAAAAUUCUGGUGUCAUACUUUCAACAGUUGCUUCAAAUGAAAACUGCUCUCAAUUCAAAGGCAACUCCACUAAAAAGCAAGAAGCAGACCAGGAAGUUUGUCCAUCAAAGUGCACUAAAGUUCUUCUGAUCAUUCUCAGUGUCUCUCUUGUUUUGGCUAUUGGAGGUCUUUGUGUUCUGGGGAUAUUAUAUGUCAAUGUUUCAAUGCAACUGUCUGCUCAAGAGACCACCAGCACAAUCAUGACAGCAGAGCUCACAGACAACUACACCAGAGUUAGAGAACAACUGUCCUUUUACAAAGAUUGGGUUGGAACGCUGUACUUCUUCAGCUCUCAUAAACUCAACUGGUUGAGCAGUCGUGCUUUCUGUGUUUCAAAAGGAGCUGAUCUGGUGAUCAUAACCAGCCAAUCAGAACAGAUGUUUCUGAUCUCUAAAAUUAAAGAAAGUCAUUGGAUUGGUCUUAAUGAUCUGGACACUGAAGGACACUGGGUUUGGGUGAAUAACCAAACUCUCAAUGAAACUGGAGUACAGUUUUGGUUCAAGAGGGACACUCAGAAAAGUGAACCUGAUAACUGGAGAGUAGUAGAUCCCACUGGAGAGAACUGUGCUGUUGUGAAAAAUGAAGCCAUCGGUUCAAACGAUUGGUUUGAUAUUUCUUGCAAUUAUCAGAAGAAGUUUAUCUGUGCAAAGAAAUUUUAAUUUACCUCCAUCAGUGAUUUGUAUUGAAAGAGGUCUAUUUUGAACAUAUUCUUUUGGAUUUGCUUGCUUACUCUGUUAAAGUGAUGUAAUUUUCCUCCAGUGAAAUGUAUCCAGUUGUGAUUUGUCUGGCAUUUUUAAACUCUAGAAGCUAUAAACUGUCAAAACAACUGCAUUUCUGUAGCUCAAACAGUAAAGCAUGGCACUAGUAAUGCCAAGGUCAUGGGUUUGAUUCCCAGGAAAUGCAUCAACUGAUAAAACAUAUUACCUUGAAGGCAAUGUAUGUUGCUUUGAAUAAAAGCAUCUGCCAAAUUUAUUCAUUAUAUAUACAUAUAAAUGUCUCAUUAGUUAUAUAGGUCAGUAUGUUCCACAGGUAUUUUAACUCAACAGCACUUAUACGCAAUUCAGUUAAUCUCUGAUAACUGCUUCAUUUGCUCUGAUUUGCUCUGAAAAUCUAAAUGCUGAUCAUUUGAGAUUUCAUGUUUAAUAGGUGUAAGGGGUGGCUAUAUAUACAGUGCACAAUGAUGAAGAGUACAAGGAAAUAGUCUUUCAAUACAAAAAUCCACAGGAGAUAGGGCAGAAACACAGGUAACAUCCACAUUACAAGAUGAGACAGGACAAAGAACUCAACAAAACAGGUAGUGCUUAUACCAGAACUAAAUGAGGGAACUGAGAUAAUAAUGAACACUAUAGGUGAACAAAAUGGCUAAUGAAUACAUACGGGAAAACUAGGUCACAGGGAAACACAAUGAAACUGAACAUAACUCUAACAAUAGAGCUAGUGAAGCUAUAGACAUUUUAUGAUGUUUUAAGACUGUACAGUAUACAGUCUCGAUUGUAAUGCUUUUGCCACCAUCCUCAUUCUUCUCUCUUGGAGAACUCAAAUAUAUAGCCCCAAUUAAACCUUAUUUCAGAGACUAUAAUAUAUUCAAACAUGAAAUAUUAGUUGCUUGAUCUGUUAUUCACACUCAUAACUUCAUUAUUUUCUGUCUGUAUAAUGUGAAUGACAUUUUAUUCUGAACAAAACGCCGCAGUGGACACAUCUUCUGUCAGGCUCAUGAAAUGGAUUCAAUGUAUAAAAAUUCUGGUGUCAUACUUUCAACAGUUGCUUCAGAUGAAAACUGCUUUCAAUUCAAAGGUAAGGCCGAGAUAUUAUCAGUAUGCAUUCAUUUCUAUUUUAAAGAUUUAGCACUCUAGUAACGGUGUACAGAGGUUUUCAUUUGAAAACUCUUAAAAAUACAUUUUACUUAUAGGUAUAGAUGGUUCCAUAAAACUUCAGACCAGUUCUCACAUCACUGUUGCUUUAGGCAGUAUAUCUAAAUUUUUAAUUCACACUUUUGGCAGAUGCUUUUAUCCAGAACAACUAGUAUUACAUUUAACAUUGCAUGUGAAUGCUUUCUUCUUUCUGAAUCCAUGACCUUGUUUGUAUCAUCAUGAUCUGAGUUACAGGGAAGACAGAGUUUUAUUUAAAUGACAGUGUUGAGAACGUUUGACUCCCAGGGAACACAUGAAUUAAUAAAAUGUAUAUCUUGAAUGCAAUAUUUGGACAAAACAUCUGUCAAAUGUUUAAUUGUUGAAUGAACAUACACUUUAAAAUAAAAGCUCCAAAAGAUGGUUUUCAUAGUGAUAAAUCGUGGAAUGGAAUGAUUACAUGCAUUUGACUUCUGGUGUAAACUAAAAAUGUUGGUGUUCUCAAGAUGUUGUGAAAAACAGUAACAUGAUUUAUCUCAUCUAUCAUGAGGGGAUAGGGGUCACAUAGGUGUAGUUGUCAAAAUAUCUUUAUCUCAGUUAAGGUUUAAAUCAAAUAUCCACUGUUGUUUUCUCUAGAAGUGGUUUUGUAUGUUUUAUUUCAAACAACCAGGUUUAAACAUCAAACAUUUUAUAUAUUUUGAGUAAAAAUGAUCACAAUUAAAAUACACUGGCAAACAUUCAGUUCAGUGAACGUCAGUCAACUGCAAAAUGAAGGUAUAUUUUAAUUAAAUUAAACUUUAAAACGGAGUUCCCCAUCUGUCAGUGAGAUUUGCAUGGCCGACAGCUCACUCAUUCAGAUUUUUGCUUCGGAGCCGAGUGGCUGUUUGUGCUUGUGAGAUUCUAGAAACUUCAUGUGCCCGGUCUCUCUUCAUCAUGUGAUCUUUCUCUGUACACCCUAAAAGGAUUCAGGCCUCACGUCAUAAUUAUAAGUGAACUUUUACAGUCCUUUUAUGUACUUCAGUUACUGAACUGUUAGUUUCACUUCUUAUUUUCUAAUUAUAUAAUGUACCCCUGGACAAUAAACUGUGUGCCAUGAUUGAACUGCACUUUAUG